GGCGGUGGCCAUGGGUGUUGACGUGCCCGCCGCGGACAAUGCGGCGAGCACGCACGUCCCCGAACUUUUGACUUGGCGCGACACAGCGAACGCGAUUUCUGCGGGGAGCUCAAACCACCGAGCCAUCGACACAAGCACGCAUCAUGGCCACACAAGCACGAGGACCGCCGGGCACAGUUCCGGUGAGCAAGGAGGGCGUGCCGAACAGGACAUUAUACGUCCGCAACCUCAACGACAAGCUCCCCAAGGAAGACCUCAAGCGCAACCUCUACAUGCUCUUCGCUACCUAUGGCGUCAUUCUGGACAUUGUCGCGCUCAAGACAAUGAAGAUGCGCGGCCAGGCGCACGUCGUGUUCCGCGACGUCGACUCUUCCACACAAGCCAUGCGCGCGCUGCAGGGCUUCACAUUCUUUGGAAAGGACAUGCAAAUCGCAUACGCCAAGUCCAAGUCUGACACAGUAGCCAAGCUCGACGGGACAUACAAGAUGCCCGAACCUGAUCUGCCUGAGAAGGCCGCCGAGGAGACAUCUGCGCAACCCACUGGAUUCAGUGCCGCGCUAGAGAAAGCGGUACCAGUCAAUGAGCAGGACAGGGCGAAGGGCCAGAAGAGGAAAGCAGAAGAAGAGGACGAGGAAGAAGAGGACGACGACGACGCCGAGAUGGAGAUGGACUCAGACUCAGACUAGGCGUGUACAAGGGACAGCAACGAGCUGAGAGGGAAAGCACCCACGCGCCGGCGAAUGAAGAGGAUAGAUACCCACAGAAAGACGCAGCGGGGUCGCAGCGCAUGAGAGGCGGGCCUGGUCUACGGUACCGGUCGGCAUAUUGGAUGACAUAUCACGAAUGUCGGUAGCAGCAUGUCGAUAUGCCUGAGACUGGUGCUGACUGUACGCAGAAUGCUAUAUAACGAGAGUGGCACGUUUGCCAAUGAUACUAAAAAUGUAUUGUGGUCUUCAGAGACUUUUCAAAA